GAAUGUACAUAUUGCCAUACUUAUAAAUUUAUUCCGUCCGCAUUCUAUAAUUGGUAGGCAAAACUAAUAAUCGCUUGUAAUAACACAUUUUAAAACAAUAACUUUUAUUUUUUAAUGGCAUUACUCUUGCCCAAAUAGGUUUAGGUCAGUGGAAAAGCUAGACAUCGUUUGAAUAAAAUAUUAUAACCAAUGCCUUAUAUAAAUAACAGACAAAUGACUCAUGGGAGUUAGUAUUUGAUUUACAAGCACAAUGAAUAUUGUUAAUUUUAUUUGCUUCGGUUUGCUGGUGGCUUUGAUUGAAGCUCAAGCACCUGUUGGAAGUCAAAGACAACAGCAAGGUUUACCACAAGAAUACGGACCUCCAAAUGAUGUAAUUGCUGAGGCUACCACUAGAAAAGACUUCGAAACUAUUGACGAAAGAUCAAGAAAACUGAAUGGAAAACUCACACAAAAUAAAAAUAGCGAUGGGGCAUACUACAUUUAUCACCCCACAGGAUUGCUACAAAAAGUUACUUAUGCAACUAAGGAUAAUUUAGAACGAAUGGCGUUUUCUGCUAGGCUUAGAUAUGAAAAUGUUGAACCCGUUUAUACUUAUGAUCCUAUCACUUAUGUAUUUAAAAAGCUACAAUAAAUAACUCAAUAUAAAUGUGUGUGCUUUAUUCAUAAUGUCCC